CCUCUUGCAAAUGCUUGUCCUCGGAACACGAAAGAAAAACAAGACGAAGGGAAGGGAAAGGAAAGGAGAUCCCUCUUCUCCCGCAUAGGCAGACACCAAUGGAAGGCUCGCCGGCGACGCGCCUCCCGGAGGCCGACUCGCUCCCCGACGGCUUCGUGGAGAGCUCCGCCGCCGACCAGGCACCUUCUCCCGCCGAAGCCGGUGAUUCCCCGAGCCACUCCCUCGGCCCCGAUCAAGCCGCCGCCACCGUGGGCCGCGUUGGCGGGGGCGACGAAACCCUAGGCGCUCCCUCGACCCCAGACUCCGUCGCAGCAGAGGAGAGAGACGCGCUGGACGUUUACUCGGCCGCCGACGCGCUGCAGAGCCUCACGGUGGGCUCCGCUUCGGAACCGGGCCGCGCUCUCGGUGAACCCGCCGGCGACGCAGGAGCUGUUCCUGUUGCAGAUGCUAAAGAGUCCUCGAAGGAGAGCCGUGUGGUGGAGCAGGAGGAAUCUCUGGCCGAUCAAAAGGGAAGCGGUGAGCAGAAGCGCAAGGUCGUGAAGAAGAGCAAGGUAGAGAAGGACAGGGAGCUAUUUGAACUUGCACAGGCGUACCACAAAGUGGUAGCAGAGAGGGAUGCAGCCAUUGCAGUUAAAGAAAAACUAGAAUCUCUUUGUAGGGAGUUUCAGCGUCAAAACAAAAUGCUAAAGGAAGAGUGCCGAAGGGUGUCAACAGAUGGACAGAAUAUGCGAAUGGAGUUAUCUGACAAAUUCAACGAUGCUAUAAAGGAUGUGAGCGUCAAGCUUGAGGAGCAGAAAAAUGAUUGCAUUGCUCAGUUAGAAGAGAAUAAUUUGCUGAGAAGUAAACUCAAAGACCUUGCAGAUCAAUAUAAUGUCACACAGCAGAAAUAUGCCCAUCAGUUGAAAGAGAAGAUGCUGGAACUUGAGCUUGCAGAUCUGAAAAUGCAACAGCAUCAAGAGAAAGCAGCUCAUGAACAAACCCAAAUGCAGCUAUAUGCUGAUCAAGUUUCUCAACUUAUGGCUACUGAGAAGAAUCUAAGGUUGCAGCUAGCUGCUGAUGGAGAAAGAUUUCAGCAGUUUCAGGAUGCCCUCACUAAAAGCAAUGAAGUCUUUGAGACAUACAAGCAGGAGAUGGAAAAGAUGGUGAAGCUUAUAAAGGAUCUAAAGAAGGAGAAUGAAUUCUUGAAGGGAAAAUGUGAAAAUUCUGAUGUUGCUCUUGUGAAGUUGAUUGAGGAGCGUGAAUUAAUGAAGAAGCAAUUAGAUAAGUUCAAGAAUCAAAAGGAGAAGCUGGAAUCUCUGUGUCGAUCAUUACAGGCAGAAAGGAAACAAGGCCCCUCCGGCAGUACUCCUGAUGUCACUUCUAAUCAGACAAUUCUGGCAAGUAUAGAAUCAUAGUUCUACGCGCUUCACGUCGCAUGUGCUUUGCAGCUUGCCAAGAUUUUUAGAGACAGGAAAAUGGAUGUGUAUGAUGUUUAUCAUUUUUCUUCCUGUGAUUUUGCGGGUUCUGAAUGAGUGUAUACACGCCUCUGGCUAUGCAGCUUACUGUAUGUCAAGCCAUUUGAGCCAUCUGAAAGAUAUCUAAGCCUAGCGUGGAAUGGGAAGCAAUUCAAUUUUGGC